AUGGCAACUCUCACACAAGCAAUACAAGAAGACACCACAACAGAUAUCAAAUCCGCUUGCAGUAAUGCAACAACUCACCCUCAUCAUCAGCAUUCCAAUGAAGCUACAAAGAGCACGUCUCUGAACAAAACCAAUAAUAUUACCAUCAAAGAAAAUGAAACGAUGAGUCUCAAGGAAGUCUCAAGUUUUUCAGUGAUGGAGGGAAUAAGUUUACAGCAACAACAAAACGGAACCCAACAUCAACAACAUCAGCAUAGCACGAGUACUUCUUCUUGUUGUUCAACAUCAUCGAUAGAAAAUUCAACAACACAAGAUGAUGAUCAACAUACAAAAGAGGAUAUUAUUUCAAAUAGUAAUUUAUUAUCAAAGAAAAUUAUUGAAUCAUUGAAUGAUUCGAAAUGUAAUAUAGAAAAGAGUAACGGAACAUCUAAAGUUUUAAUCUAUUUAAUUAUCGGAAUUUUUGUAGUUUUAAUUUCUUAUUUAUUAAUGAUGAAUGGGAGCAGUUUACUUCAUCAUGUUAUCAAUUUAUCAAUACCAUCAACAACAGCAGCUAUUGCAAAAUCUACAGACACUAAUUUAUUGAAUAACGCAGUAACAGAAAAAGCAAAUGUUACUAAAAAGAAGGAAAAAAAGAAUAAGAUUAAUAUUCUUUCUGGAUUGUAUAAACCUGAAACUUAUGGUAUUGCUAAAUAUAUUAAGCCAUUAGAACCCAAGACAAGAAUAAUGGGAAGAAGAGAAAUGAUUAAUUUUCCUCAACUUGGAGUUAUUAAUUUAUUAGCAAAGGUAGAUUCAGGUGCCAAGACAAGUUGUCUGGACGUGGCUAAUAUCAGAUAUAACAAGGCAGCAAAGACUAUUAGUUUUGAUGUUGUACUUGACAGACACAAUAGAAGUAUUGUUCAAACAAUUCUUGAUUUCCCAUUUUCUAAUACGACAAAAACUGUAAUGUCUUCCAAUGGACAUAUUUCGACACGUUAUGUUUUGAAAACUAUUGUUACAAUUGGUCCUGAAUUCCAAGAUCAAGUUGCAGAAUUCACUCUUGUUGAAAGACACAAGCUUGCAUGUCCUGUUUUAAUUGGUAGAAAUAUUAUUAGAAUGGGAGGCUUUUUAGUUGACUGCAAUAAGAAAUUUAUUACUGGUAAGAAACAGACAACUGUUGUAAAGGAGCCAAUUCACAUCCCUAACUUGUUGGACUAUCCUAUUCCUUCACCUCCUAAAAAGAAGUCAAAGAAAAAGAAAAUCAAGACUCCUGAGAAAAAGCAAUAG